AUGUCCCGGACAGGACAACCAGCCGCCAGAAUUCCUAGAAGACGUACGACGUUUACUGUAGAGCAAUUGUAUCUUCUGGAGAUGUACUUUGCACAGAGUCAGUAUGUUGGAUGUGAGGAACGAGAGAGAUUGGCAAGGAUUUUGAGUUUGGAUGAGUAUCAGGUCAAAAUCUGGUUUCAAAACCGUCGGAUUCGUAUGAGACGUGACGCCAAUAAAUGA